UUUCAUCUCUAUUCUGCUGAAAACCCUUUUGGAGUGUCGAGGUUUCCAAAGAGAAUACAAAUUCGCUUCUCCAUCUCUCUCAGCGCCACCGUCACCUGUCCAGCCGCACUGGAUUUUUGAUCUUCAUGUGACAUUUACAAGGAAGCUGAGAAAUUUCUUGAGGAUGAGCAUCGUGCCGAUUAGUUCAUGCAAUCCUAGCAUAUGUCUUAGACACAACUCUAUAUCUCUUCGUCUGCCUACUAAGCCAUGUAUUUUACCAAUCCGUGCUAAACAUGUUCUUAGAAAUCCUCUGGUAGCAACCUGUAAGGCCGCAGUUCAGCAACGGUGCAUGACUGUAUUGAAGAACAACCGAUGCAGGGCGGCAUCUACGUCCCAACACUCAUUACCUGUCUGCUUAUUGGGUGGAAAAGGAAAAAAUGGAAGUGACAACGAGGGUUCUCCCUGGAAAUCUCUGGAGAAAGCAAUGGGUAAUUUGAAGAAGGAAAGUUCAAUAGAGGAUGUAUUACGUCAGCAGAUAGAAAAGAAUGAAUUCUAUGAAGACAAAGACAGUGGUACACGUGGUGGUGGUAGUGGUGGCGGCGGCAAUGGUGGCGGAGGUGGUGGCGGCGCCGAUCCAUCUGGUGGAUCAGAAGAUGAAGGCUUUGCUGGAAUCAUUGAUGAAACAUUGCAAGUGAUUCUAGCAACCAUUGGAUUUAUAUUUCUGUAUGUUUACAUCAUCGAUGGCGAGGAGUGGACUCGGCUAGCAAAGGACUACCUCAAGUAUCUUUUUUCAGGGUCUGAGAGUGUUCGCCUAAGACGUGCCAUGUACAACUGGGGAAGGUUCUACCAGAAGCUGACUGAGAAAAAGGUGUAUGAUAAGUACUGGUUGGAGAAGGCCAUAAUCAGUACCCCAACUUGGUGGGAUAGCCCGGCCAAGUAUCACUACAUAAAUGAGAGCAUUAGAUCUCAUUUAGAAUCAGAUUCUGAUGAAUAGACCAAGUCAAGUAAAUAUUAUACCAACUUUUUGAGGGUGGUUUUAGUAAUCAGCUUAUUACGUACAUUUUUUCGUUUUGAGAUCCUUAAAUUAAUUGGGUACAGGUGUUUGUUAUGACUACAGCUUGUAACGCCUGGGAUGGAUUGGAUGUAUCAAACAUGAUAUCUGUGUGCGUGUGUGAAGAAAAAAAAAACAAGACUAUUUGGGGUUAUGGAGUAUGACCACACAAACAGAUACCUAGUUGAAAUUUAAGAAAAUAGGAGAUUUUUUACUAACAGACAAGGUUGUAUCAUGUUUUCUUCUAUACAAACAAUCGAAAUUCAGC